AUGUCGUUUCCCUCAAUUCUACUCCCGGGCGAUACAGUCCCCAACCCGCUCCAAUCCUCCAACAGCAACCCUCCCAAGCUGGGCUCCAAUCUUCACAUCCUAUCGGAAGCCACAUCACCGAAGCCAAUAACAAGCACCCAAACCGGCCUCCUACUCCCCGACCACAAACGAAAUUCGCUAGCAAUCCUCCCCUUCCCACACCGCCGCUACAUCCCACAGGCUAACGACCUCGUAAUCGCCCAAGUCCAGCGCUCCAGCGCCGACUACUUCUACUGCACCCUCUCCCCGCACACGCCCCAUGUCUCCCUCGCACAGCUCGCGUUCGAAGGUGCCACGCGCAAGACGCGGCCGCAGCUAAAAAACGGGGAACUCGUCUACGCGCGCGUGCUAUCCGUGGGUGUGGGGCCUGGCGCCGAAAUCGAACUCACGUGCGUGAAUCCCGCGACGGGGAAGGCGGAACCAGGUGGAUUGGGCCCUCUAACUGGCGGGAUGGUGUUUGAUGUCUCCGUUGGGCUGACAGGGCGACUGAUGUCGUCGGGGGGGAGUGGAGGCGUGGUCGUAUUAGAGGAGCUGGGGAAGAAGCUUGAAUCGCAGGGUGGGUUUGAGAUUGCAGUCGGGAAAAACGGCAGAGUGUGGGUGGAUAGCUCGGCAGGCGGUGCGGAAGGGAUCAAGGUGGUAGCCGCCGUGGGAAGGUGUUUGAAGGAAGUGGACGAAAGGUGUAUGGAGGGUGCGGAGCAAAAGAAGGUAGUUUCAAGGGUCCUGAGGGAAAUGGGGUUGAGUAUCCUUGGGAUGCCGUGGUAA